AAAUGCCUAUUGAAAUGAAUAAGUACUUAAACUGUUUAACUAUUCGGUUAACUCACAAGUACAUCUGGACUAUAUAUAAUACGCAACUAUCUCUGUCUCGCUUUGUCACUCAGACUAGGGCGUGGAUUUAAUAGUCGGGUGCAGGUUCCAGUUUCGCAGCUGCCUCAAUUAGGAUUUCUCUGCAGAGAUAAGUCGGCAAUUACAUCAAUAAUGACGCAAGUAAACCCGUACAACAACAUGGCGUUAACAAUGCAGCCUGGAGUCGUUGUUGUGGCGAACCAGGCUCCUAUUGUUUGGAUGCCUAAACCAACAGCGUCGUCCGGCUGCCCACCGGGCCUGGAAUAUCUGACCCAAGUCGAUUUCGUCCAGAUCAAUCAGGAGAUCGACUUAAUGGAAUUGAUGACAUGGCAGGAUAUGCCCAACAAGUACCAUCUGUUGAACUCCAUGGGGCAACAGAUCUACUUUGCUACUGAAGAGCCGGGACACCCCUUACGACCCUGCUGCAGUCAGCGAUCAUUUAUUAUGCAUAUCACAGACAAUGCGGGAAUGGAGGUUAUACGGCUUCAUCGCGAGCCUCGUUGCUGCACGGUUUGCAACUGUUGGUGUGCCAAUGGAGAUUGCUGCGGCGCGGUGUUAUCCAUAGAAGCGCCUGUUGGACAGACAGUGGGAUACGUGUCACAACGAUCCAGCUUUCUAUCUCCUCCAAAGUUUGUGGUACAGGACCAGGAGCGUGACGAUCUGAUGAACAUCGAUGGACCAUGCUGCGGCGGAAUGGGUGACAUAGGGUUUGAGCUAUUUUCUGCAAAAGAUGGACAAAACGCUGGCUCGAUCACUAAACAAUGGGCCGGCAUGGCUCAAGAAAGAAUGACUUCGGCAGAUAAUUUCGGAAUAAAAUUCCCUAUGCACUUGGACGUUAAGCAGAAGGCAGCUUUGAUCGGAGCCUGUUUGCUAUUAGAUGCCAUGUACUUCGAGUUUCCUGCUCAAGGCAACCAGAGACAACGUCGUCGCUAAUAAAACUUGGGAUAUGAAGAGUCUAGACAGGUCGUGACAAUUUAUGCAUGUAUCAUGUGGCAUAUAUUUCGUGUUAUUGUUUGCUGAUAUUUAUUUUACGGGAAGUGUUUUUAUUUAUCUCUUCAUUACUACUUAUUUUGUUGGCUGAAGCCAACGGUAUUUUGUAUUAAAUGACCUACAUAUU